CGGCUGCCGCGCCGCACUCCCGGAGCACUAGCAGCUCAGCGAGGACCGGGAGGCGGAGGCGGGACGGCCGGGGUCCGAGCGCGCAGCCCAAGGUCCGGGGCCGAAGUUUGCCCGCAACCCCGAAAGGCCAAUCGGGCGUCACCCGCAGCUCGCAGAGCCCUCCUGCAUCCCCAUCUCUGCCUCGCCGGCCCGGGGGAACCGAGCUGCGGCCCGGCCAGCUCCGGGGCGGAGACCCCGCGACUGGAACUUAAGGCCCAAGAGGAAUGUGAGGUCCCAAAAUGACCCUGCUACCAGGAGACAAUUCUGACUAUGACUACAGCGCCCUGAGCUGCACUUCAGAUGGCUCCUUUCACCCGGCCUUCUUCCCACAGCGUCAGGCCAUCAAAGGGGCCUUCUACCGCCGGGCCCAACGGUUGCGGCCACAGGACGAUGUACAUCAGGUCAGCUCACCGGGAGACCGCAGGAGACAGAUCAUCAUCAAUGUGGGAGGAAUCAAGUACUCACUACCCUGGACCACGUUGGAUGAGUUCCCACUGACUCGUCUGGGCCAGCUCAAGACCUGCACCAACUUCGAUGACAUCCUUAGCGUGUGUGAUGACUACGAUGUGACUUGCAAUGAGUUCUUCUUCGACCGUAACCCAGGGGCCUUUGGCACCAUCCUCACUUUCCUGCGGGCUGGCAAACUGCGGCUGCUGCGGGAGAUGUGUGCCCUGUCCUUCCAGGAGGAGCUGUUAUACUGGGGCAUUGCCGAGGACCAUUUGGAUGGCUGCUGCAAGCGUCGCUACCUGCAGAAGAUUGAAGAGUUUGCCGAGAUGGUGGAGCGGGAGGACGAGGAUGAGCUGCUGGACAGCGAAGACCGAGACAGCGAAGGUCCCUCGGCCAGUGAGGGUCGCCUGGGCCGCUGCAUGCGGAGGCUGCGUGACAUGGUGGAGAGGCCGCACUCAGGGCUGCCUGGCAAGGUGUUUGCCUGCCUUUCUGUCCUGUUUGUCACCGUCACUGCUGUCAACCUGUCCGUCAGCACCUUGCCCAGCCUGAGGGAGGAGGAGGAGCAGGGCCAGUGUUCCCAGAUGUGUCACAACGUCUUCAUCGUGGAGUCGGUGUGUGUGGGCUGGUUCUCCCUCGAGUUCCUGCUGCGCUUCAUCCAAGCACCCAGCAAGUUUGCCUUCCUGCGCAGCCCGCUGACACUCAUCGACCUGGUGGCCAUCCUGCCCUACUAUGUCACCCUGCUGGUGGAUGGCGCUGCCUCCAGCCGUCGCAAGCCGGGCGCUGGCAACAGCUACCUGGAUAAGGUGGGGCUGGUGCUGCGCGUGCUGCGGGCACUGCGCAUCCUCUAUGUGAUGCGCCUGGCCCGCCACUCGCUGGGGCUGCAGACGCUAGGGCUCACAGCCCGCCGCUGCACACGCGAGUUUGGGCUCCUGCUGCUCUUUCUGUGUGUGGCCAUUGCCCUCUUCGCCCCGCUCCUCUAUGUCAUCGAGAAUGAGAUGGCAGACAGCCCUGAGUUCACCAGUAUCCCUGCCUGCUACUGGUGGGCCGUCAUCACCAUGACAACCGUGGGUUACGGAGACAUGGUACCCAGAAGCACACCUGGCCAGGUGGUGGCGCUGAGCAGCAUCCUCAGUGGAAUCCUGCUCAUGGCCUUCCCAGUCACCUCCAUCUUCCACACUUUUUCCCGCUCCUACUUGGAGCUCAAGCAGGAACAGGAGAGGGUGCUGAUCCGCAGGGCCCAGUACCUCAUCAAAGCCAAGUCGCAGCUCAGUGGCAUAUCCCAGGACAGUGACAUCUUGUUUGGAAGUGCCUCUUCAGAUACCAGGGACAACAACUGAGCUGGAAAGACACCUCUGCCCUGCCUGCCAUCUGCAGCUUCAAGCAACAGCCAUCUUACUAAAGCGUGGGAAGGGACAUUACUGCUUCUGAGUCCAGCCCUGACCUGGGACAGACCCUAGUGAGCACAGGAAGGACACACACCACAUCACCAAGGGUCCCUGCCCUCCCUCCCACCCCAGGAGUGAGAAGGAAGCUAGCCAGAGCAGGUGCCCCACCUGCUCACUGUGUAAAUAACACACCCAGCAAAACUGCCUGGAGAAAGUAGGGACAGCAGCCACCUGUCUGGCUUUAGUGCGGGCCAUGUGUGUCCCAGGAAACAGGAGGAAAUUGGCUUCCUCAGGGUUCUCUUCAAAGAGGGAAUUGUGUCUCCCAGCAAAGCCAGCUGAGGGGUACCAGAAGAGAAAGGGCCACUUGCUGGGGCCUCUGGACUGAUGGGACCCUGGCAGGAUGGGAGGAAGGGGAGCAAACAGACCUUUAAGUCCUGUCCCUCAUUCACCCUCCUACUUUCCUACCACCUCUGUCAGCUUUUACUCCUUAACUCCCAGCAGUGUGGGGGACACCAAGAAGUGAGUCAGCUCCACUGACUUCAAAGGUCAAAUCACUUCAUUUUUUUUCAUUUAAAAACAAUGUGAGAUUUUAUCCUAAGCCACAUUUAUUUUAAUAUUACAAAAAGAGCACUUUAUCCUGCUUGCCUGAGACUAGGGCUAAACCUACAGCAGGCUGAUGCUUCUGGCAGGGGCUCUGAAGGCAGUCUGGGGAGUAUAUGGAAGACUUUCCCCAUGCUCUCAAAGGGAUCCACUCCUGACCUCAGGAAAUGUAGUAUGUGCACUGAGAGGGACCCCAGGCUAGCCCAGAACAUUCCACUUCAGCUCCAAGAGUCACAGCCCUGUGUACCGAGGGCACAUCACACCCUCGUCACGUGCACACUUGUCCCAGCCGGGAAGACAGCAGCUUCCCUUGCUCUUCCAUCCCACACCCAGCUGCCUCCUCUCCAUCCAGCAGCAAAAAUUACAUUUUGAGAUACGUCUGGUUGGAUCACUGGCUCUACAGCCCAAAUCCCUGCUGGUUGUCCCACUCUGCAGCUUCUCUCCCACUUCCACCCGUUCCCACCUUCCACCAGUGCCCCCAGCCUCCCUUCAGAUAACAUCCAGCCUAGCCCGUUUCAGGCCUUCACACCUGCAGAUCCUUCUGGGGGAAUGCCUUCCCUGCAGAACACGGCAUGGGUAACUGAUUCCUUUCACUGCCUCCCUGCUCCCGUCUCCCACACAUGGUUUCCUUACCCUGCUGGACCUUUAUCAGUUGGAAUUGCUUCCAUCACUUCUCAGCUCCUGAACUCUGGUCUGUCUCCUGCAGGACCAGCUUGGCAUAUAUUGGCAGGAACUCAGCAACACAGUUCCCAGCCUACUCCCAGGGCCUCACGCAGGAUCAGCACCUAACACAUGCUCAAAAAGCACUUUUAAAAAAAUAAAAAGAAAUGAUAAAGGGGAACAGCCAAGGAGAAGAGGGACAGGAAGUGUCCAUUACAGCUCAGAUCUGAAAUGUCCCAAUCUGUCUACAGCCAUACCACCCCGAAUGUGCCUGAUCUCAUCUGAAAUGUCCCCCAAAAGCUCACGUCAAAGGCUUGGUCCCGAAUGCAGCACUGUUCACCUCUGGAGGCCUCUGGAGGGUGACUGGAUUAUGUGGGCUCUGACCUCAUCAAUAAAUCAACCCACUGAUGAAUUCAUAGCUUUAUGGUCCAUUGGGAGGUGUGAAAACUUUAAGGGAUGGAGCCUGGUUGGAGGAAGAUCACUGGGGGUAUGCCUUUGAAGGGGGUGUCUUGUCCCACCCCCUUCCCUCUCUCUGCUUCUGGGCUACCCCAAGGUAAGCAACUCUGUCCCAUCAAAGUGCUCCCCACCAGGAUGCUGUGCCUCGAAGUAGGCCAGAUACAAUGGAGCUAAAUGCCCAUUUACCAUCAACCAAAAUAAACCAUUCCUCCUUCAAGUUGAUUUCCUCCA